CACUGGAUUCCUGAAGCACCUAAACUCGCCGCUCCUCGUCAAAGGAAUGUCGGCUGCCAGAAUUUUAGGCUACAUUGCAGACUGAAGCAACUGAUCGACAUCUGUCAAACCGGGAGCUUGUUAGACACGCGGCCAAUUUAUAUUUUGUCCGGUUGUACAAAUCUGUGCCGGGCGGGAGCGCGCGGACGUCAAUCAAAGGGUUGCUGAAGGCGGAGUGCACUCUCUGCGCUCAGCUCUUCCCCACGCGCGUGUCUGAUGCUUUUAAAUCCUCCCACUGUGUUCAGCUGGAGAAGCUCUGGGAGCGACAACAGAAAAACUCCCCAUUCGUUCGUACAGUGCGCGCGCGCUCGCUGGCUCGCACGCGUCCUACUGCUUUUUUUCCUUCCCUUUUUUCUUAUGGAAUUGCAUUUUCUAACCUAAAGCUGGAUGCAGAACGGGCACGAAUCAGGAGGGAGCAAAGCCCCGGUCGUAUUAGGGAAAAGGAGGAGAGAGACAGACAGUGGUGCCUUUUGAUGAGUGUGGAUUGCAUUGUUAAAUGUUCUUACCUUAUUCUUUCACGAUCAUGCUUUAUUUUCAGCUGGUGAUAAUGGCAGGGACUGUCAUGCUGGCUUAUUACUUCGAGUACACGGACACUUUCAACGUUCACGUCCAAGGAUUUUUCUGCUAUGACAGCGCGUACACCAAGCCCUAUCCUGGACCAGAAGAAAAAAGUGCCAUCCCACCAGCUCUGCUGUUCUCUGUGGUGGCUGGCGUCCCGGCUCUUGUAAUCAUUGUUACAGAAUCUGUGAUGUUUUUCCUUCAAAUUACUUCAAAUGACUAUGAAAACCACGAAAAGACUAUAGUAACAGGAGACUGUUGUUACCUCAACCCACUGGUCCGCAGGACGGUCAGAUUUCUUGGUGUAUAUACUUUUGGACUUUUUGCCACUGAUAUUUUCGUAAAUGCUGGCCAAGUGGUAACAGGGAAUCUUGCACCUCAUUUUCUUACAAUUUGCAAACCUAAUUACACUGCCCUGGGCUGCCAACAGUCCAUUCGCUUCAUAAAUCAUCAGGAAGCCUGCACUGGCAAAGAGGAUGAUAUCACUAAAGCCAGGAAAACUUUCCCAUCUAAAGAGGCAGCUCUCAGCGUUUAUGCAGCACUCUACCUAGCUAUGUACAUUACAAGUACUGUUAAAGCCAAAGGGUCCAGACUCGCAAAACCUGUGCUCUGCUUAGGUCUGAUGUGCUUGGCUUUUCUCACUGGAGUCAACAGGGUGGCUGAAUAUCGGAAUCACUGGGCUGAUGUAAUUGCUGGAUUUUUAAUAGGAGUGGCAAUAGCUGUCUUCCUCGUGGUCUGUGUGGUACACAACUUUAAAGGAAAGCUUUCAGAAAGUGAAAAAAAUACAUCUGAGAAUCUGGCAAACAUCCCCAUGAUGAACCUGCCCCGAGCUGAAAGCCCAGUGCAGAAAUAUCCCAGUGCACAGCCAUGGAGGCAACAGAAUCACAUCGCCUUCGCCGAAGUUACAUGACAUUGAAGUGGACAUCUGCUCCCACACGCAUUGGACAUCAUCCCUUUUCACAAUUCAGUCCUAGUAGUUGGAGUCAAAUUCUAAUCCUUUUUUUUAUUCCACUCUUUUUCAUCACAGCAUCUCCAAAAACUUCAGUUCACAAGCUGAAAAAUGUAAAUGGAAAGCUGUAAGCGAUUAUUGGAGAUGCUACCCAUGUAUCCUAAUUUGCACAGGUUGAACUAGAGAGACUUUUAUUUCGAGAACUCAUAAAUGUGUCAGUUUGUCAUUUAAUAUGUCGUAUGUAAUUUAUGUGAACAGAAGACACCCUUUUAUAUAACGAAAGCUGUGUAUAUUCCUUUACGUAGAGACAUAAUUAGGAAUCUUCAGAUGACAGCAAAAAGAUACAAACAAUUACAGGUGUGACACUGUGGCUCAUAUCCUCAUAGAUCUUCAUUAAUUUUGCUGAUGUAUCUUUUUGUCCAAUCUACGAUCAAAUCAUUAUUGAAUUCUACUGUAAAUUAACAUUUUCUAUUGGCUUAUUUCCAUCAGGAGUUUUUAGAAUGUUGCUACUGGACUUUGAAAACAUCUCUUAAUUUUAAAGUGAGCUUUUUCCCUAUAAUGAAGAUCAACCACCUUACUUUGGUUAAAUGAAUUAUAUUCCUGCGAAUGAGAUAACAAAUAUUGCACAUACAGAGCUUAACUGAAGUUCUAUGCCAAAUGGUAAUGUAUUACUGGUCGUAUUUAGAUUUUUAUUAAUAACCAUAUGUGAAAGCAUUACAUAAGAAUGAAGUCUAUCUUGCAAAAAUGCUAAAAUAAGGUAGAACUGGAUUUAUGUGUGUCUUUUUAAUUAUAUCUCAUAUUGUAAACUCAGAACAACAUUUUCCAUUGUCAAUCAAUUCCCAAUCAACUAUGACAGAAGUUGAAUGAACUCUGUGGUGACUUUCAUGCCGUAAAUGUUCUAAAGUUCAUUUUGAAUUUUACUUGCCAGUUUCUGUGUUUGCUGAUGGCACUUACUGUAUAUACAUGUUGUACUUUUCUUUUACUGUACAGUAGUUCAUUUUUACCAAAUCAAUAGUAUUCAUAUUAGAUCUGCAUUUCCCUUAAUAAAUGAGUCAAUUCAGUAAAUGACACAAUCGCUCACAGCAGCAGCUAUGCUGAUACUGGCACAGCCAAAUCAUUUUCAUGGUUUUGAAAUUAACAAAAAAGAAUUAAAAGCAAUAAUGUUAAUAAAUAUGAUCCCAUCUCAUCAGAUGUCUCCUCAGUGUUUUUAAAAUGCCAUUUAAUCUCUUUUAAAUCUGUCUUGCUAAAAACUGAAUACAUUAUUAACAUUCUCUGAUGCUGCAACAAAGUGGUACAGCUGCAGAUAAGGAUAAAAAUAGAGUAUGUGUUACAUUUAUGCACUUAUGGAAAUUAUAAAUACUGUAUUAGCUUUUUUAUUACUGACGUUUUAUUUUAAAUCACAAUGGUAGGUAUUGCUGUACUGUAUGUAUUUGUGUUACACCAGUAUCCUAAUCAGAUCAGUUUAUUACAAUAAUAACAACCUGUUUUAUUAUUUAUCGGCAUUCCUGCACCAAACCAGUCUAUGGACAUGUUUGUUUGUUGUUUGUUUGUUUCCAUAUUUGCAUACACUGUUAAACUGAACAUCUUGCAGUUGAAUUUUUAAUGAUCUCAGUGUAGUUGAGAGCUUCCUUACAACCUGUUCUGCAUAUAUAAAUUACUUAUUUUGAUGUUAUUAUAAUAUAACUUUGUUGCAUUAUUGAAAAAUGUAUUGUGUUUAUCCUUUCAAUUUCUUGUUUUUUUACAGGUGCAUAUUUUGAUUUUCUGAUUUUGUCUGUUCAUACACUGUAAUCCUAUGGGAUUGUAACAUUUCAUGCUAUUUAUUUUUAAAUGACCUUUUACACUGUAGAUAGAAAAUGAAGAUUCCCUAGUUUAAAAACCUCUUUUUAAUAAAUAAGUCAAUAAAUAAAUAAAUAUAUAUAUAUA